CGAGCUGACCACCUUCUCAACAGUGUCCCAACGGAGAGGGUAGGAAAGGCUCACCUGCCGCUGUGAAUAGAUACUCUAGCGGUGAGACCAAGCUCUCCCACAUCCAUCAGCUUUAGUUGUACGGCUUCAAUACUUGCAUACUGCCCACACCGAUUGUUUGGCGCAUUUAAUGCAACCUACUAGUUUUUUCAGCGAUCUUGAGUUCAAGAAGAUCCCAUCGGAACCUUCAAUAUCUUCAAUAUCAUCAUCGUUGCAUCUCAUCUUCUCCAUAUCCUCACGUCAUGGCUCGCAACGCCCCCCACCACUGGCCUCUAUGUGAGGUCCAUAAUCUUCCGAAGCAGAAAGGAGUGCUUACAAGAGCUUGGAAGUCAAUGUUUUCCGAGAAAGCCAUAUCCAAUCCGACUUCUCCGGCCAAAAUCCUGGAACUCCCUGUCGAACUCAUCGUUAUGAUUGCAUCCUACCUUCCCACCUCCAAUGCCGUAUGUUUCGCACUCACUAGCCACUAUACAUACGGAUGCCUCGAGAACAUAGUCCACGAGUCUUUAGAACACCCCACCAGCAAACCCAUGAUCAUAGCCGGCGCAACCCUCAUGGCCGCAACGACCCCCAAGAACGACUUCCUUUUCCUCCUUCAAAAGGACCACCAAGACUACUGGCACCACCCGAGCUGCCAGCUCCUCCACUACAAGCCUACCGCUCACCCCCACCCCCACCCCCACAAUUCCUCCGACCUCCAAAUCUCCAUUGGCCUCCGCACCCCGACCCUCCUCCUCAGCAUCCCCUUCUCCUCCCUCCUCAGCAUCCGCCAGCACCACCUCAACCCGCGCACCGGCCUCUGCCCCUCCAUCCUAAACUGCCACGGCACCUCCACCCCCCACUGCAGCCUCACCCUCACCGCCCACACCAGCGCUCUCAUCUCCUCAUGCCAGCUCUUGUGGCAUGGCGUCUUCCACCUCGACUGGCGCAUCCCACGCCACCUCUUCGCGGACCGUACCCGCUUCCACCUCACCCCCUUCCUGCUUUGCUCCCACAACACCCUCGUCCAAAACCGCCUCCGCCUCCGCCUCCCCUCCCACCGGCCCCAACCUGAAUGGGGCGUGUACCGCGCGCCCCCAGCGCCCUUCAUCGCCGCCACAGCCCCCGACGGGAAAGAGCACAGUGGAGAUCGCUAUCGGCCCAACAUGCCCCCCAGCGCGGAGAUCUGCAUGUGCUGUCCGCCGCAGCUGUUUGGGUGCGCGUACUGCGAUACGGAUUUUCUGAUCGAGUUCACGGAGGAGUUGCCGAAUCGGCGAAGGUAUCGGAUUGAGGUGUGGAAGAAUUUUGGGAAUGCGCAUUUGGGGGAGGACGUGUUUCCACGGAGGGAUCUGGGGUGGCGGAGGGGGGGAAGGGGGAAGUUGGAGGGGGAGCAGGAGCAUUGGCGGGAGGUUCCUGGGGCCGUGAAGAGGAUGUGGGAGGAGAGGGGGCGGGAGUGUGGGUGUGAGGGGGGGAAGUGA